CCUCCUCUCUCAUGUCUCCUCUCUCAGUUUAUUCUUCAUUUUCCUCAUGUUGCGGAGUGCUUUGCUUUGCUUUGCUUUGCUUUGCUUUGCUUGACUUAAUAGCAGAUCUGUUUUAAUACGGACAAGAGGGCAUUAGGGAUUGUUUUAAACCACAUAUUUUCUGCAGUAAAAACUGUAAUCUCGUGCGUAACUGCAUCCACAUUAUCAUUAUCACCGAUGUCCAACUUCAAGGAGAGGAUAUGUACCAAGGCAUAAUGACAACUAACCACGGACCCCCUUCCUAUGAGGCCGGAUUUCUCCACAACGCCUCGGCGGCCACCUCGCCGGUUUACGUGCCCACCACCCGGGUCGUCACCCCCAUGAUCCCGGCGCUGCCCUACCUCCAGACGCCCGGUGCGUCUCAGCAGAGCAGCCCAGUAUCGAACCACUCUGCCUGGGCUCAGCCGGGCGCAGACUCGGUGCCCUCAUACAACCACUCCCCGGUGUCACCGCGUUUCACCUUCUCCACCAGCCCGCCUCUGUCCUCCGGGGUGGCCACGGUCAGGGAGACCGCAGCGUCUUACACCAGCCCGCUCAACAUCUCUGCCAACGGGAGGGAACACUACGGCGCCAGGAGCCUCAGCGCGUCGUACCACAGCCCCUAUACGGCCUACGUGAGCCCGAACGUGAGCGGAACCUGGCCGCCGUCUCCCUUUGACAGCCCGGUCCUCCAUGGUCUCCAAACCGGCGCUCCUCCUGGCACAACACGGCACCCAAACAUAGAUCUGUUUGAUGACUUUGCCGAAGGGCGAGAGUGUGUUAACUGUGGGGCUAUGUCAACCCCUCUCUGGAGGCGUGAUGGCACGGGCCACUACCUGUGUAACGCCUGCGGACUGUACCACAAGAUGAAUGGCAUCAAUAGACCUCUUAUCAAACCCCAAAGACGACUGUCUGCAUCGAGGAGGGUGGGUCUGUCUUGCACCAACUGUCACACUACCACCACCACCCUAUGGCGACGAAAUGCAGAGGGAGAACCAGUCUGCAAUGCCUGUGGCCUCUACAUGAAACUACAUGGGGUACCUCGACCCCUGGCUAUGAAAAAAGAGGGGAUCCAGACUCGCAAACGCAAACCCAAAAAUCUCAACAAGUCCCAAACUGGGACUCCAGGCAGUGAGGGCACUCCAGUCACACCCAGCAGCACUCCCCGUGCCUCCACCGCCACAGAGGAGCCUCGUCAGAUAAAGACAGAGCCGGAGACUCAUAGCUUGUACCCACACCACAGCACACACACACAGAUUUCAGCCCUGCCAGCCUACAUGGCAGCUCAAGGUGGGGCCAUUCCUCUGAAGAUGUCCCCUGGGGGCCACAACGGGUCUUCUGGCUCCAAAGCCGAACCUUGGAACAACCUAAUACUGGCUUAGAAGAUCCAUAACUCAGCAUCUCAAAACCAACCCAUCUACAUUAAACUUUCCUGAGAGACAAUGGUAUCCAGAAAGCACACUGCUGCUCUGGGUGCACAUGAUUCCAUACCGCACGGUGCCUUUGGUGCAAAGAUGUGGGAGGCCCUGCAGAAGUGGAGACCUUUAACAGUACUAUGCAGAUACUAUGCAUAGUGACGGUGUUCAAGGACUGAAUGGAGUUUGUAUUAGAGCAGGACCGUGAUUACAACCUCACAACACCUCUUAAUUGGAAAAACUGCAACAAGGGAAAUAAGUUUUUUUUGCUCUCACUUGCUGUACCACGCCAGUGCUUGACUAAAACUGUAACAUAAGCCAGUGACAAAUAAUAAUAAUGGUCAGACUUUAUCUCCCUGAGUUAUGUUUAUUUCAAUAUAUUUGUCUGUUCUUCAUUGUAACGAUUUGCAUAUUAUUGUAGCCAACUUGCCAAAGAAAUUAUGGCGAUACAAAACUUGUAAAGAAUCACAGCAGGACAGUUUUUAUGUCAAAGGUGUCACCAUGGAGGUGUUGUAGCAAGUGUACUUACUUAGAUAAAUAAGAAAAGUAACAACAACUAUAUACAGUAUGGUCAGAUUUACCCCAGUGGUGUCUGCAGAGCAAUACAAAGAAUACAAUGAAGAUAAAUUUAAAAAAACAACAACAACUCAAUACCAGUGUCUCAGGAUAGGAUCAAAGAUGUGCUGGUCACUUAAUAAUACAUAAACCUGACAUGGUCUGUUUUUAGUAUUAUGAAUAUGAAUUUCUGUGGUUUAUCCAGAAAAGACAUGUUGUUAUUUAUGUAGUAUUUGAGUGACAGCAGAAGUGUAAUCAUCUUAUAUCUCCACACCAAGAAGAAAACAGGUAUCUGCAUUGUUAGGUAUCAAUGGAGGUGAUAUCUUCCACCUAAUUCUUUAUUUACAGUCCAAGUCAGGCAUGAUCACCUAUUCAUAAUGCCCAUGAUGAUAAAAUAAAUUAAACUAAUACAGAUUAUUUUUUUAAAUUUACUCUAACUAAGAAAGAACUGCUCUGGUCAUCAGUCACUCCUCAGCACCAGUGAUAUUAUGACCUUUUUGUCACUGUGUGCCUUUGUCGUAAAAAAACACAUCAGUAUUAGUGACUACCUUUUAAAAAAAUCGCAAUAAACUGCCUAGUAUGUAGCACAAGGAAUGUGAUGUGGAAGGAACUACUGGCACAUAGCUCCCUCUGUUGACAUAAGCACAGAUGUGUAUCUACAAGAAAAGAUCUUUUUAACACUUUCAAAACCAAACAAAAAAAUAUAUCUUGCUAGUAUUUAUUAUUAAGCACAGCCCCCAAAAUCAUUAUCAUCUAAUUACCAUCUAAUUUAUGAAGGCUGUUUGAUGGAGUACUGUAUCAAAACUGUAAAGUAUGUUAGUGAUAGUGCUUUCAGUUUCUUGUGACAGACACGAGAGCAUGUUUAAAUGUGGGACUAUUGCCACAUGUAAUUACAAAAAUAACAACUACAUAUAACAAAUAUGCAAAACUCCACUCCAGUGUAAUUGUAUAAUACACCAUUUGUGAUAUAUUGUAAGUAAAGGCAUAGUGAGAGAUGGACAUGUGUGUGCGGUCUUUCUCAGUGUGUACUUUCCUCUGUGUGCAACUGCGGCUCCAUUGAGGAAACUAAUAAAGAUAAAACAUUUUAUAUACA